CCAAACAAUACCUGUGUCGGCAGAUUUAUAUCAAAUAUACUUCCCUGUCGACUGACUUCAUUUCAGUUUUGGUUUCGGGUAUUUCUCUCAAACGUAAACCUGCCAAAGGAUGGCAUCUUCUACUGGUAAGCUAUGUGGUCCAUGUGAAGCAAGAUAUAAAACUACGACUGCUGUUAGCUGGUGUAUGGACUAUGAUGAUGGACUAUGUUCCUCGUGCUUAGAAGACCACAAAGUCAACAAAGCAAGUAAGAAACAUCAGACCUUACCAGUAAGUCAGUACGUAGGGAUAGAAUCGGUUUCAUCAUUAAUUAAGCAAGAAUGUGAAGAACAUGAUCAGAGACUAACGUUUUAUUGUCUUGACCAUUGCGUCACAGCUUGUGCUCUAUGUGUACCGGGAAAACAUAAACAAUGCACAAACCUAAAAUCUAUCGAGGAACUUGCCCGUAAUGCUAAGACAUCGACAGAACUGUUUGACAUUGAAAAGGGGACCAAGGAGCUAGACAAUACUAUUGAUGAACUUAAAAAUCAUCGACAGCGAAACAUUGAUACAAUUAGAGACCAACAAAAAAACAUUUUAAGAGAAAUUAAAUCUUUAAGAAAACAGAUAAACAAGCAUCUUGAUAAUAUUGAAUCGGAUUUGUUAAAGGAGUUGGAAUUUAAAAGCGAACAAAAUAUAUCCGAAAUAAACACACUUCUGGCAAAAUUGAAAGAAAGAGGAGCAAACAUAAAAAAACUUGGAAAAACAAUCCAUCAAUUAAAAGAAUCAUUAUCCGAUGUUCAAGUCUUUUUAGCAACAAAAAGUCUCAGUGAAAAGUUGCCAGAAGAACACGAAUGGGUUUCAAUGAUUUGUCACCAAGACGUAGCUAAUUAGGAGGUCGUUCUAGAACUAUCUACUGAUCCGCAACUUACACAAAUGGUAUCCGACUUAAAAGGUUUUGGUAUGAUAGAUGUUGUCCGAAAUCCGUGUCAGCUUACGACCGACGCUUGGGAGCACCAAAGAGCACAGUUGAAUGUACCGAUGACCGCAGUCAGAUAUAUUGUCCAGACAGAACUGAAGUUAAUACGCGAGAUUUCUUUUGGAGUCGGUAAAAAUAUUAAAGAUUGUGCAAUUAUCAAUGAUGGAAGACUGGUUUUUGCAGAUUAUAAUAACGAUGAGAUUUUAGUGCAUAAUCCAGAGGAACAGUUAUUGAAAUCAAUAAAUGUCGACAUGUCUCCUUAUGGAUUGGCUGUGAUAAGUUCAAUUACCGUAGCCGUAACAUGUUGUAAACAUAAAACAAUAAACAUUGUAAAUAUUGAUGAUUGCGUCGUCAAACAGAAAAUAAAAGUAGGAAAGCCUUGCUGUGGUUUAUCUUACCACGCUGACAACCUUUAUGUCCUUGCAAAACACACAGGAAUACUAGAGUUUGAUUUAACAGGAAAGCUCAUCAGAACAAUACCAGUAGAUUUUCUAUCUAGUGAAGGCUAUUUAUG